GAGGCGUGCAGCUAGCAGGGGCUAAAUGCUAAGUCGUGGUGGGUGUGCGGGGAGAAGGAGCAAACUAAGGCAGAAAUAAUCUCAGACUUAUUCAAACAGAGCACCUCGGAGGAUUGAUAUCAGUCUCUUCUUGGUUGGCCACCUGUCACUGCUUUCUAUAAUGAGCCAGUGUGUGCAGCAUCUGCAGUGAACGUGAUGGCAGCCCAGUCGCUUUCCAUAGACAAGUACCCCAAGGGAGAGCAGCAGAUGCAAGGUGUGUUAAAGGCCGACACUAACCCGGAGCAGAAGUUUAUCGAGGCCACGUUGGUAGAGGUUCCCAGCCCGGCCCCCGCAGAGCCACAGACCCCCAUGGACGCAGACAAAGCCUCCAUAUAUCGGCAUCCUCUGUUCCCUCUGCUGGCCCUGCUGUUCGAGAAGUGCGAGCAGUCCACCCUGAGCUCCGACUGCAUCACCUCAGCCAGUUUCGAUGUGGACAUCGAGAAUUUUGUCCGCUGCCAGGAAAAGGAAGGGAAGCCUUUCUUCAGCGAGGACCCUGAACUGGACAACCUGAUGGUGAAAGCCAUCCAGGUGCUGCGGAUCCACCUCCUGGAGCUGGAGAAGGUCAGCGACUUGUGUAAGGACUUCUGCAGCCGCUACAUCGCCUGCCUCAAGACCAAGAUGAACAGUGAGACGCUGCUGAGUGGCGAGCCGGGAAGCCCCUACUCCCCCGUACAGGGCCCGGCCCAGAGCUUCUCCCCCACCAAGUCCCAGACACCCAGCUCCAUCUCAGGGACCAUCAGUCCCCAGGGUCAGAUCGUAGUGCCAGCCUCGGCUCUGCAGCAGGGCAACGUCACCGUGACGGCCGUUAACCCCACCCAGGUGGUCGCAGGUAUGUCACCAUGGCAUACACCCCCUCCCUCAGGUGCCACAGUGUACCAGCCUGUUACAGUAGUCACUCCUCAGGGCCAGGUGGUCACACAGGCUCUGUCUCCAGGAACAAUACGUGUCCAGAACAAUCAGCUCCAGCUGCAGUUUCACCAGGACCUCAACCUCUUCAACCACGACGACAACUCCACCAAGAACAAGCGGGGCGUGCUGCCCAAACACGCCACCAACGUCAUGCGCUCCUGGCUCUUCCAGCACAUCGGGCAUCCCUACCCCACAGAAGAUGAGAAGAAACAGAUCGCCACUCAGACAAACCUGACACUCCUUCAGGUCAACAACUGGUUUAUAAAUGCACGGAGACGGAUCCUGCAGCCCAUGUUAGACGCCAGCUCCUCCGAGACGCCCAAAACCAAGAAAAAGACGCCUCAGAACCGACCUCUGCAGCGUUUCUGGCCCGACUCCAUCGCAGGAGGCGGAGGCACCCAGCAGCAAGUUACCAUGCCAGACGGUACCAUGGUGACGAUGAACGUGGAGAGCCUGCAGAGCCUGACGUCGGACGGAGCCACGCUGGCGGUGCAGCAGGUGAUGCUGGGAGGCCACAGCGAGGACGAGUCGGGGGACAGCGGGGACGAGGACGACGACACAGACAUGGCCGGGCUGGGCCUGGACAACAGCGACUCGUUGCAGUAGAGGGCAAUACUGUCCCUCACACACUGAUCCACAUGUAAACACACACACACACACACACACACACAGACAGGACGUAGAAAGUCCACAGCAGGGGUGUCAAACUGUUUUCAGUCCAGGGGUCAAAUAACAGCAUCUUAACUCCGUGUUUUUCUCGUUUGUUAUUGUGCAGUCAAAGUUACACAAAAAAAAAAAAAGAAAAGAAAGUGUCGCAGUGUGAAAAAGUUUACAUUUAUUUCAAAACCAUUACAAACAACAAAACAAAACAAAAAAAAACUGAACACACGGAAAACUUGUUGAACGGUAAUUUCAAUAUUAAUGCGCCAAGAAAGCGUCCAGAACGCGACGGCGCCGCUUGAUGCUCGUCACUGAUGAAUCAGCUCAGGACUGAAUCACUGCGAAUCCUCCACUCGGCUGUUUCUGGCCCCCAAACCGUAUGUUUGACACCCCUGCCCUUCCGGCACACACACACACACACACACACACACACAGGUUUACACAGAGCACAAAGAAGCAGAGGACCCGGGGCUCCUCCACUCUUCCACGGCCCCCUGCUGACGGGCAGUUUGCGCUGCGUCUGUGUACAUCAGGAGUUUCAUUUCAGAAACUCUUCUUUUUUUUUUUUCUUUUUUUUUUUUUUUUUAAUUAUUUAGUCGAUGUAGGCGAGUGCACUUUUUGUAUAUUUAAGCUAAAAAGAUUAAAUCAAACAGAAGAAAAAAAAAGUGUUAAAAACACGUGAAGCAGAUUUGUAUGCUCCGUUAUUAAAUGUGGACUGAUCUUUUUGUAAUAUCUCCCGCCUCCUCCUCCCCGUCCACUCUUUUCAUUCUCAUUUUGGAUGCCAACACUUUGAAGUUGUAUCUGUAAGGGUUUGUCUUCACUUUUUUGCAUGCUUGUGUUUUGAGUAGAUGUGUGCACUCUUAUGACUGACUCCACGGCUCCGCAAGGCCGAGCGGCGCACAAGUUCAGAAAAGGAAAAGAGGAAAAAAUGAGGAGAGAUGCUUAUUUUUAUAUACAAACUACGAAAUGAGUGUUUUUCUUUCAGUUUGUGUUCUCCUGUUUUGUAAGGAAUAUUUAUGUACAGAUUCAUAAUUGAAGCUGGUCGCCCUGUUUUCCAGGGUUUCUUUGAAGUUUUCUACAAAAAUUGAAAAGAAAAAGUCAUUGAAUGGUGAUGAAAUUAGCUGUUUAAAUUGGUUUUAAACUUCCGAUACUAACAAGGCCUUAUUGUGUGUGAAUUCUUGCCAAGAAGCACAAAAAAAAAAAGAAAGAAAGUGUGACCUUUGAUCAAGUCGCUCCAAAAGACACUAAAGUGCAGAAGCUGUGGCGUGUGGCGGCACGGCGGCGAACCCGCAGGCGUCCCGGUCGGCGCGCAGCACGAAGCACAAUCCAAACACUAUGCUAACCUUACAAUCAGUCUCAGCUGGGAGCGGACAGGACAUCACCUCCAACUUUUAUUUAUCUACACGGACAUGCUGCUGCGCUCCAAACAGCACAGCUGGACUUGUUAAAGACUCGCCCCCCACUCUCUCUCACACACACACACACACACACACACACACACCCGCACACGCACACGCACUACAGACACAUGUAGUGGCAGAUUUAUCGAUCUCCUGAGAUUACUGCCUGUUGUUUGAAGAACUGUAGUAUUCCUGUGUUGUCUGUCUCUACUUGCAGUGAUGUAUCCCUCUUGUAAAGCAGAGUCUUGGGGGUGACUCCGGGGGGGAGGGAGUGGUCCGACUCCGGGGGGGGGCCCUGGCUCAGCUCUCGGUUCUUGACUUGCGCCUGUUUGCUUUUUAUGAAGCGUUGUUCACUUUUCUCUCAUCUGUUUUGCCUUAGAGCUUUCUAUUUUGGAAUAAAUGAUGCCUAACUCUG